AUGGCCUCCAAAGCGUCCUACCCGACCAUCACAGCAGAUGACCACAAGAGAUAUAUGGAAUAUGCCAUCGAGCAGGCUCGCCUCUCGCCUCCAGAACCCACGAAAUUCUGUGUUGGAGCAAUCCUUAUCGAUGCAGACAAGAACGAAAUCUUAGCGACUGGAUAUUCGAAGGAACUGCCUGAACACACCCCUACAGAUCCGGAAAGUACACACGCAGAGCAGUGCUGCUUCAUCAAAGUAGCUCAGAAGCACAACCUUCCUGAGGAUCGAAUAGGGCAAGUCUUACCCAAGAACGCAGUGCUGUAUACAACGAUGGAGCCGUGCAACAAGAGAUUGAGUGGAAACAGGACCUGCGUCGAGAGGAUCUUUAGGCUCAACGGCGCAAUCAAACUUGUCUACGUGGGCAUCAAGGAGCCGGAGAAGUUCAUUGGCGAGAACGUGGGCAGGAAGUGA